AUGGCAGAGGCCGAAGCCGUGUACCGCUACGAGUCCGGGUAUAUUGCGCAUGCCCCGAAGAAAGAUUAUGGCCCCCUGGAUUUCACGGGAAAAAUCGCAGGCGGUCUUCGCCUCGACAUUCGCAGGAGAGCACCCUUCUUUUGCAGUGAUUGGACAGAUGCCUUCAUGCCCGAGAACUUCCAAAAGUCGGUGUCAUCCAUCUUGUAUUUGUUCAUCGCAGCCCUGGCCCCAGCAAUCACUUUCGGCAGCCGCUUCCUCGAUGGCACCAACGGCCAGUUCGGAGUCUUGGAGAUGAUCAUGUCUACCUCCGUCAGUGGGAUGAUCUUCUCCAGUACAGCGGGUCAGCCCUUGUCGAUUCUCGGAGCAACGGGCCCCUUCCUGGCCUACACGCUUGUCGUCUACGACCUGGCCAUCGCCGUCGACGUGGAGCUACGAGGGUUCAUGCCCUUCUACUUCUGGACUUGCAUGUGGUGCUCCCUCUUCACUGUCUUGGUCGCCGUCUUCGACUUGUGUGCGCUCAUGAAGCACGUCACCAUGUUUUCGGAAGACAUCUUCGCUGGAUUGAUCUCGCUCAUCUUCAUCAUCGAUGGAGUGAGGCCAAUCAUCGAAAAUUUCACGGAGGAGAGGAUGCCGCUUGUUAGCGCCAUGUUCGAGGCACUGCUGUUCCUCUACACUUUCGGACUUGCCACAUGGUUGUCCGCAUUCCGACGAAAGCCUUGGUCCUUGCGAUUUAUCCGGAACUUCGCGGCCAACUUCGCGGUCACGAUCGCCUUGGUGACCGCUUCUGCCUGGGCCGCCUUGUACUCCAGUGAGACCAACCUGAGGAUGCUGCAGGUGGACGCAGAACUCUCCCCAAGUCUGGUUCUGUCCGAUGGCAGCAAGCGGCCAUGGAUUGUGAAUCCGUCGGGCAUCGACCGCCCCUUCCCAGCGUGGGGCAUUGCUUAUGCGAUUCUGCCCGCGAUCGGAUUCGCGGUCUUGGGCUACCUGGAUCAGAAUUUGACAUCUGUGAUUGUGAACAGACCCUCCAACAAUCUGAAGAAGCCCCCUGGUUACCACCUGGAACCAAAGCGGCAGUUGGACAGUUUGGGAAUCGACCUGUUUGUGCGUGGAGCACUCACACUGCCUGUUUGCGCCGUGCUGGGUCUGCCACUUUCAGUGGCCUCGACUGUGCCGAGCAUCACCCAUGUGAUCUCUCUGACCACUUACGAUGUCAAGCAGCUUCCCGAAGGUGAACGCAAAGUGCCUGCGAAGGUGGUGGAGCAGCGAGCUACAAACUUCAUCAUUCACGUCUUGAUCGGUUGUGCGCUCUUCUUGGCACCUGCCUUGAAGUUCCUGCCGCGUGCGGUGCUGCAGGGCGUCUUCUUCUACAUGGGCAUUGCAUCUUUGACCGGCAACAACCUCUUCGACCGCCUGAAGCUGUGGCUCAUCUGGGACCCGGCGAAGUACCCUCAGUACCACUACGUCCAGAAACUUCCGAUCCAGCGCGUGCACUUGUACACCCUUGUCCAAGUCAUCUGCCUUGGGAUUCUCUAUGGCUUGAAAGCCAUCAAGGACGGGCAUCAACUUAGUGUUGAGACAUCUGUCGUGUUCCCGUUCUUCAUGGCCUCCUUGGCCAUUAUUCGAAAGGGCAUGAGGUUCAUGUUCACCGAAGAGGAGCUCAAGCAGCUGGACUCUCUGCCUGGCGAGGAUGAGCAGCAGGAGGAGGCCGAGGCAUCGAAGCCGGACCUCCUGAACCUGGAGACGCAGGCUUGUGGGCCCCUGGUGCACGUUAGUGGUUUAGUGGCUACCUUAGUGCUGCCUGCACUUUACCAGGACGAGACCUCCAAGAAGGUUGUCCGGUUUGAUAUCGGUGGCUUCCCGAUCUUAGAUCGUUUUGUAGCUCACAGCACUGACUGGCAAAGGGCAUGCAACACCUGCAGCACCGUGUCAGACCCCCACAGCUCCAUACUCGACCUGAGUCCCUUUGAGCAUGAGAGCCUGCUUUUUGUUCUGGCUGGACGCAAGAGUCUAAGAGCCGAAGCCGUGUACCGCUACGAGUCCGGGUAUAUUGCGCAUGCCCCGAAGAAAGAUUAUGGCCCCCUGGAUUUCACGGGAAAAAUCGCAGGCGGUCUUCGCCUCGACAUUCGCAGGAGAGCACCCUUCUUUUGCAGUGAUUGGACAGAUGCCUUCAUGCCCGAGAACUUCCAAAAGUCGGUGUCAUCCAUCUUGUAUUUGUUCAUCGCAGCCCUGGCCCCAGCAAUCACUUUCGGCAGCCGCUUCCUCGAUGGCACCAACGGCCAGUUCGGAGUCUUGGAGAUGAUCAUGUCUACCUCCGUCAGUGGGAUGAUCUUCUCCAGUACAGCGGGUCAGCCCUUGUCGAUUCUCGGAGCAACGGGCCCCUUCCUGGCCUACACGCUUGUCGUCUACGACCUGGCCAUCGCCGUCGACGUGGAGUUCAUGCCCUUCUACUUCUGGACUUGCAUGUGGUGCUCCCUCUUCACUGUCUUGGUCGCCGUCUUCGACUUGUGCGCGCUCAUGAAGCACGUCACCAUGUUUUCGGAAGACAUCUUCGCUGGAUUGAUCUCGCUCAUCUUCAUCAUCGAUGGAGUGAGGCCAAUCAUCGAGAAUUUCACGGAGGAGAGGAUGCCGCUUGUGAGCGCCAUGUUCGAGGCACUGCUGUUCCUCUACACUUUCGGACUUGCCACAUGGUUGUCCGCAUUCCGACGAAAGCCUUGGUCCUUGCGAUUUAUCCGGAACUUCGCGGCCAACUUCGCGGUCACGAUCGCCUUGGUGACCGCUUCUGCCUGGGCCGCCUUGUACUCCAGUGAGACCAACCUGAGGAUGCUGCAGGUGGACGCAGAACUCUCCCCAAGUCUGGUUCUGUCCGAUGGCAGCAAGCGGCCAUGGAUUGUGAAUCCGUCGGGCAUCGACCGCCCCUUCCCAGCGUGGGGCAUUGCUUAUGCGAUUCUGCCCGCGAUCGGAUUCGCGGUCUUGGGCUACCUGGAUCAGAAUUUGACAUCUGUGAUUGUGAACAGACCCUCCAACAAUCUGAAGAAGCCCCCUGGUUACCACCUGGACCUGUUUGUGCGUGGAGCACUCACGCUGCCUGUUUGCGCCGUGCUGGGUCUGCCACUUUCAGUGGCCUCGACUGUGCCGAGCAUCACCCAUGUGAUCUCUCUGACCACUUACGAUGUCAAGCAGCUUCCCGAAGGUGAACGCAAAGUGCCUGCGAAGGUGGUGGAGCAGCGAGCUACGAACUUCAUCAUUCACGUCUUGAUCGGUUGUGCGCUCUUCUUGGCACCUGCCUUGAAGUUCCUGCCGCGUGCGGUGCUGCAGGGCGUCUUCUUCUACAUGGGCAUUGCAUCUUUGACCGGCAACAACCUCUUCGACCGCCUGAAGCUGUGGCUCAUCUGGGACCCGGCGAAGUACCCUCAGUACCACUACGUCCAGAAACUUCCGAUCCAGCGCGUGCACUUGUACACCCUUGUCCAAGUCAUCUGCCUUGGGAUCCUCUAUGGCUUGAAAGCCAUCAAGGAGACAUCUGUCGUGUUCCCGUUCUUCAUGGCCUCCUUGGCCAUUAUUCGAAAGGGCAUGAGGUUCAUGUUCACCGAAGAGGAGCUCAAGCAGCUGGACUCUCUGCCUGGCGAGGAUGAGCAGCAGGAGGAGGCCGAGGCAUCGAAGCCGGACCUCCUGAACCUGGAGACGCAGGACGAGACCUCCAAGAAGGACUGCCGAGGGUUGUUUCCCAGGUCCUGUGUUCACACCUGGAGCCCAGCCACGGAGACCAACGAGUCGCUAGAAGCUGGUGCAGCCUCCAGCCCGACGGGACGGCUUUCGCGGGUCAGCCCCGGCGGCCAGGGUGCUGGAGCGCUUCUGGCUCCCGUUCAAUUCCUCCGGCUCUUCACCGCCGGUCCAAGACUCCGGCGUCGGGCCGAGCUCUUCGCGCUGCACUGCCUCGUUGAGGGCAAGGUAGUCCAGGACCAGGUCGCUGCCCUUCAGCUGAAACUCGGCUGGGAUGCCGGCGACCGGGCCUGGUGGACCUCCGGUCUUGGGCUGACGCUGGCCUCGGGUGGCCUUUGCGGACCUCUUCUCAGGCGGUUGGGCGAAUAUCGCUUUCUCUCCGCCUGCCAUAUGGCGUCCUUCGCAGCCUUCUUCUGCUUCCGGAGGUCGCGGCUCGUCACAGGCCUCGCACCGCUGAGCCUCGGAGGUCAGCGUCGCUUGGUCUCGGCAGCGUGGCUCGUGGAGGAGGCGCAGAGCUGCGGUGUGGGCCGCGGCGAGGUGGUGGGCUGGAUGGCCAGCCUGCGCGCAGCCUCGGAGGCCUUUGUGUCCCUGCUCUCGCAGUUUGUUUAUCAGCGGGCCCACGCUCAAGGCGUCCCUGCCAACGUCUUCUUGCUGCCGAAGCUGCUGAUCCUCUUUGCGGAGCUGCAGCGGACACGCAUCAAGCUCAUCGACGACCAUGGCGAUGGGAGUCGCCGGCUUCUUCCACGCUCGCUGCGGGCACGUGGCGCCCGGCAGAUUCGGCUGCCACCCCGCAAUGCCGAGCCGUUGGGCCUGGGACUGGACCUCUUGGACCCUGCCAUACCUCAGAUCUGCUCCCUUGCCCCUGGGUGUUUCGUUGACAAAUACAACGCCACCGUUCAGGACUCCGACCGCCUCAAGGUGGGCGAUUUCAUCCUUAAGGCCGCAGGCGCCUGCGGCAAGGCAGGGGCCAUCGCCGACACGCUGGAGUUGGCAUCUCCGGCAGAGGGCUUGCAGUUAUUGGUGCAGCGGCCACCUCCUCGACGCCUCCGCCUGUCGGCGAAAGCGCUCGCCCCACACAAGCAGGAGCUAUCCCUCAUCACAUCCCUGCCUUCUGGCGUCUCGCUCUACGCUACUCGGGACCUGGGUGCCAGCGGGGCGGAGCUGAGGUGCCACGACCGCAUCGUCGCUGUCGCAUGCACUCAGGGCAGUGCCCCAGAACUGCGGACCGUGCUGGAGGAGGCUCUGAGAGGUGCGGAGCCCUUCUACAUCUCCGUGGUUCGCCCAGGCAUUGAAGGCUGUGACUUCAGCUAG